CUGUGCUGUGCUCUCGGGGCGUUCGCGGUAAUUAACAUUCGAGUGCGAGGGAAGUUUUUGUCUCAGUUUGAUUGUGCUUCUGGUGGGAAAAAGAUUCCCCCUUCCCGUUCGGUUGAGGCGUGAACAGCUUUUUGUUUUUUUUUGGUGGCCCAAUUGAUAAAGGUGAAAUUUAAUGGCGCCAAAACUAUUUCUGAGUGACACCCGGCCGAACCGAAUGGGAACCACCACCGCCACCAUCAUUGUCAGUGUGGUGUUGCUGUUGCUAAUUAGUUACGCCCCGAGGACACUGCUGGGAGCCCCGUCGUGGAAUCGGGCCGACAUUGUUGUUGCUGCGCCCGGGCCGAUUCCCACCAAAGCGAUGUUUGACUUUAUGCGCCGGUUUGGCUACCUGGAGAAGGGUCCGAACCAAGCGGAAGCUUUGUACAGCGAGGAUGCCGUCGUCGAAGCGAUCCGGAACAUCCAACACUUCGGAGCAUUACCGGAAACCGGCCAGUUGGAUCGACGGACGAUUCAGUUGAUGUCGUCGCCACGCUGCGGAGUUGUUGACCUCGUACAGCGCCGGGAACACUCGAGCCGUCACCGGCGGUACGUCAUUGGUUCCGAGAGUUGGCGAAAGAGGAAAAUUACCUACUUCAUUGCCAACUGGAGCAGCAAAGUAGGCGAAGACUCGGUUGCCCGGUUCAUGCAGCGAGCUUUUGGCGAAUGGGCCAAAUACAGCAAUUUGCGAUUUGUUCGAGUGUACGACCCUUCGGCCGAUAUCAUAGUGGGCUUCGGUAGUGGUCACCAUGGCGAUAACUAUCCGUUCGAUGGACCGGGCAACAUCCUGGCGCAUGCCUUCUAUCCGUACGAGAUGAAUUCCUACGGUGGGGACAUUCACUUUGACGAAGAUGAAAAUUGGAAGGAGAAUUCCACUCAUCUAUCGGAUGGCGUCGAUUUCUAUUCGGUUGCUAUUCAUGAACUCGGCCAUUCGUUGGGAUUGGCCCAUUCACCGGUCUACUCGUCGUUGAUGUUUCCCUACUACAAAGGAAUUACUCAGGGUUCGCUUGAUUACGACGAUAUUUUGGCAAUGUACAAACUCUACAUUCAGAAUCCCUACAUAACCGAGGAACCCCAUUUGGAGGAGUUCAACACCACGAAACCGCAAGCCAGUUCCGACGAAAGUGUCGACGAAGAUUACGAAGAACCCACGACGAGGCCACCGGGAGAACCGGCUUCCAAACUGCCGGAUUUCGUUACCGAAGCUUCGACUGUAGCCAGUGAAGCCGAUCAAGUGACGACCAAGCUGUACGAUAUUCCGAUCACUUUCAUAGGAGAUUACACCACCGUCGAUGAUCACAUCACGCGGCAUCACGGCAUUGGUGUUCCCACGCCAGCAGUCCCCGAAUUUACACAGGUGGCCGAUGUUUGCGCCGGUGGAUUCGAUGCCGUCGGUGUUCUCCGUGGAGAAGUGUUCAUUUUUAAGGGAGCGCACUUGUGGCGAUUGACGGAGAAGUACCGCGUGAAGGAAGGUUAUCCGGUGAAAAUCUGGCAGGUUUUUCGGGGGUUCCCGAGGCACGUACAGCGGAUCGAUGCCGUGUAUGAACGGGAGUCCGACAACAGUGUGGUGCUAUUUUCCGGCAAACAGUACUGGAUUUUCGACGGGCUAAACUACCUUCAUCCGGAAGCACGUCCCAUCACUGAUUUCGGUCUACCAGAUAGUGUGCAGAAGGUGGACGCCGCCAUGGUCUGGUCGAAGAACCAGAAAACCUACAUCUUUGCCGGCGAUCAGUUCUGGCGAUACAACGAUACGGCCGAACAAGCGGACGACGGCUAUCCGAUGUCGAUGGACCGCUGGUACGGCAUACCAGCCAAUCUGGACGCGGCCACGUCGGUUGCCAGCGGGAAGACGUACUUCUUCAAAGGAAACUACUACUGGCUGUACAACAACGAGCGGGUUCGACCGGAAAGGGGCUAUCCGCGAAGGGCCAGUAACAUUUGGCUCGGGUGCCGUUAGAAUUACUAUUAUUAUUAUUAUUGUUCCAUUUUUUUUCCCAAUGUCAUUGGGAAUAAAUUCACACUGCCAUACACUGCAA